AGAUUGCCCCAAACUCGGGCAGGAACGACCUUGGUGUGUGAAGUAUGCCCCAAGCUGAUCUAGUUCAGUCCCCCGUGCGACUACACGUCUCCUGAGAUCCCCUGAAUUGGGUUUGUGAACAAACACACAGGCAGCUUUUACGGCAUCCAGCACCGGCACCAGGAUGAGCGUGGAAGCGAGCAGCAAGCCCCUGAAGGUGGGCUCCAGGGUCGAAGUCAUCGGGAAGGGGCACCGCGGUACCGUGGCUUAUGUCGGUGCCACCCUGUUUGCCACGGGGAAGUGGGUCGGAGUCAUCCUGGAUGAAGCAAAGGGCAAGAACGAUGGGACCGUGCAGGGCAGGAAAUACUUCACCUGUGAAGAAAACCACGGCAUCUUUGUGCGGCAGUCACAGAUCCAGGUCUUUGAAGAUGGAGCUGAUACAACGUCCCCAGAAACACCAGAAUCUGCUGCCUUGAAAGUCCCCAAAAGAGAUUCCCUGGACGCCGCCAAAGCCAGCAAACUGCCCACCCGGACCCCCAAUUCUGCAGCAUCCAGCGGCACGGCUGGGCCCUCGGGCUCAGCCUCUGCCUCCGGCGGGGAGAUGAGCAGCAGCGAGCCCAGCACGCCUGCUCAGACGCCGCUGGUGGCCCCGGUUAUUCCAACUCCCUCCCUGACCUCUCCAGUGGCACCUCCGGUUCCCUCGCCCACAAAGGAGGAGGAGAAUUUGCGUUCUCAAGUCAGGGACCUGGAGGAGAAAUUGGAGACUCUGAAGAUAAAGCGAAAUGAGGACAAAGCAAAGCUUAAAGAGCUCGAGAAGUACAAGAUCCAGCUGGAGCAGGUGCAAGAAUGGAAGAGCAAAAUGCAAGAACAACAGGCUGAUCUCCAGAAACGUCUGAAGGAGGCCAAAAAGGAAGCCAAAGAUGCCUUGGAAGCCAAGGAGCGCUACAUGGAGGAGAUGGCAGACACCGCUGAUGCGAUUGAAAUGGCAACCCUGGACAAGGAGAUGGCAGAAGAGCGAGCAGAGUCCCUGCAGCAGGAGGUGGACUCCCUGAAAGAGAAGGUGGAAUAUCUCACGAUGGACCUGGAGAUCCUGAAGCACGAGAUCGAAGAGAAGGGCUCGGAUGGAGCAGCAUCGAGUUACCAAGUCAAACAGCUGGAAGAGCAAAAUGCGAGACUCAAGGAAGCUCUUGUAAGGAUGCGGGACUUGUCUGCAUCAGAGAAGCAGGAACACGUGAAGCUUCAAAAGCAAAUGGAGAAGAAAAACACGGAGCUGGAGUCCCUGCGUCAGCAGAGGGAGAAGCUUCAGGAGGAGGUGAAGCAGGCGGAGAAAACGGUUGAUGAGCUAAAGGAGCAGGUGGAUGCUGCUUUGGGUGCUGAAGAGAUGGUGGAGACUCUGACGGAGAGAAACUUAGACCUGGAGGAGAAGGUCCGGGAGCUGCGUGAGACUGUUGGGGACCUGGAAGCCAUGAACGAGAUGAAUGACGAGCUGCAGGAAAACGCCCGGGAGACAGAGCUGGAGUUACGGGAGCAGCUGGACAUGGCGACGGCGCGGGUCCGCGAGGCAGAGAAGCGUGUGGAGGCUGCGCAGGAGACCGUGGCCGACUACCAGCAGACCAUCAAAAAAUACAGGGAGCUGACCGCACACCUUCAGGCCAUCGAGAUGGAGCUGCGGCAGAUGGAGGUGCAGCAGGCCAACCGACACGUCUCCCUCCUCACCUCCUUCAUGCCCGACAGCUUCCUGCGCCACGGAGGGGACCAUGACUGCAUCCUGGUGCUGCUGCUCAUCCCUCGGCUCAUCUGCAAGGCUGAACUGAUCAGCAAACAGGCUCAGGAGAAGUUUGAUCUGAAUGAAAACUGUGCGGAGCGCACCGGCCUCAGGGGUGCUGCGGGAGAGCAGCUGAGCUUUGCUGCCGGGCUGGUCUAUUCCCUCAGCCUCCUGCAGGCUACGCUGCACAAAUACGAACAGGCCCUGAACAAAUGCAGCGUGGAGGUGUAUAAGAAGGUGGGGAUGCUGUACCCCGAGAUGAGCGUCCACGAGCGCUCGCUGGACUUCCUGAUCGAGCUGCUGCACAAGGACCAGCUGGACGAGACGGUCAACGUGGAGCCGCUGACCAAAGCCAUCAAGUACUACCAGCACCUGUACAGCAUCCACCUGGCUGACCAGGCUGAAGACUGCACGAUGCAGCUGGCUGACCACAUCAAGUUCACCCAGAGUGCCUUGGACUGCAUGGGGGUGGAGGUGUGCCGGCUGCGAUCCUUCCUCCAGGCUGGGCAGGAGGCGUCCGACCUCGCCAUCCUCCUCAAGGACCUGGAGACCUCGUGCAGUGACAUUCGCCAGUUCUGCAAGAAGAUCAGGCGCCGCAUGCCUGGGACGGACGCUCCGGGUAUCCCUGCGGCACUGGGCUUCGGGCAGCAGGUGAGCUUUCCGCUGCUGGCCUGCCGCAAGCACCUGACGUGGGUGGUGGCCGUGCUGCAGGAGGUGGCCGCUGCUGGGGCGCAGAUGAUUGCUCCUCUGGCGGAGAACGAGGGGCUGCUGGCGGUGAAGCUGGAGGAUCUGGCCUUCAAAGCGAGCGAGCAGAUCUACGGCACCCAGGGCAUCAACCCCUACGAGUGUCUGCGUCAGUCUUGCAGCAUCCUCAUCGCGACCAUGAACAAGAUGGCCACGGCUAUGCAGGAGGGAGAAUACGACGCGGAUAGGCCACAGACCAAGCCCACCCCACCUGCUGACCUACGGGCAGCGGCUCUUCGGGCAGAGAUCACUGACGCUGAGGGGCUGGGGCUUAAGCUGGAGGACAGGGAGACAGUCAUCAAAGAGCUGAAAAAAUCUCUCAAGAUCAAGGGCGAGGAGCUCAGCGAAGCGAACGUGCGGCUCAGCCUCCUGGAGAAGAAGCUGGACAGUGCGUCCAAGGAUGCAGAUGACCGCGUGGAGAAGAUACAGACAAAGCUGGAUGAGACCCAGACGCUGCUCAAAAAGAAAGAGAAGGAGUUUGAGGAGACCAUGGAUGCUCUUCAGGCAGAUAUCGACCAGCUGGAAUCGGAGAAGGUGGAGCUGAAGCAGCGCUUGAACAACCAGUCAAAGCGAACCAUCGAGGGCCUGCGCGGCGCCUCUGCCUCUGGAGUUGCCUCCAUCGUGUCUGGCAUCGCCGGAGAGGAACAGCAGAGAGGUACAGGAGACCAGAUGAAGAUGGAGCUGGCCAGCCUGACGCCUCUGCAGGUACCCAAGGUCUCCCUCCCCAAGAACAAGCAGGGAGAAGGUCUGGCCACACACAUGCUCUAUCGCAAGACCAGCCAGCUCCUGGAAACCCUCUAUCAGAUGAGCGCCAACGCCAAGGUUGUGGACAUGAAGCAGACCAAGUCGGCGGGGAAUGGCCUCGUGCCCCCAGGAGGCGGCCAUCCCCGUCCCCCCGCCUGCGGGCGUUCACGCGUCAGGGGACAGCGCGGCACCGGUCCAGCGCCCAGGGGCUGA